UGCUUCCUUCUCCAGGCGCUCCCUCCCCGCCUCUCCCUGAGGGAGCGGUGGGAGGGGGAGGGAAGGGCCGAGGGAAGGUAGUGACACGUGUCAAUCAACCCCCCUCCGGGGGGCGCGCGCUCCGGGGCUCGCGCCGAGGGCUCGCGCCCCUGCCUCGUGCCUGCGCCGCUCGUAUGUAAAUGAGGGCGCGUGACGCGGGACGCAGAUGGACAAGGGAAGAGAGAGAAUGGCCGCUGCCGCCGCCGCCGCUGCUGCCGCCGCCGCUGCCGCUCAGUGUCGGAGCCCUCGGUGCGCGGCGGAGAGGAGAGGAUUCCGGCGGGAACUCGACUCCUGGCGCCACCGCCUCAUGCACUGUGUAGGUUUUGAGAGUAUUUUAGAAGGGCUUUAUGGACCACGGCUACGAAGAGACCUCAGUUUAUUUGAAGACUGUGAACCAGAAGAGCUGACUGACUGGUCUAUGGAUGAAAAAUGUUCAUUUUGUAACCUACAAAGAGAAGCAGUCAGUGAUUGUAUACCAUCUCUUGAUUCUUCACAGUCAACACCAACAGAGGAGCUGUCAUCUCAGGGCCAGUCCAACACUGAUAAGAUUGAAUGCCAAGCAGAAAGUUACCUAAAUGCACUCUUUCGAAAGAAAGAUCUUCCUCAGAACUGUGAUCCUAACAUUCCCCUAGUUGCUCAGGAAUUAAUGAAAAAGAUGAUACGUCAGUUUGCAAUUGAGUACAUUUCAAAAAGUGGUAAAAUUCAAGAGAAUAGAAAUGGUUCAAUUGGACCAAGUCUCAUAUGUAAAAGUAUUCAAAUGAAUCAAGCAGAAAACUCCCUUCAGGAAGAGCAGGACGGCCCCUUAGACCUCACUGUGAAUCGAAUGCAAGAACAAAGUACUCAGCAAGGGGAUGGAGUGUUAGAUCUCUCUACAAAGAAAACCAGCAUAAAAUCUGAAGAGUCAUCCAUAUGUGAUCCUUCUUCUGAAAAUUCAAUGGCUGGUUCAACUGUUGAUGCAAAAUCAGAGGAAGCUACUAAAAUGGAAAAAGGAAACUCAGCAUUAAGCAAAGUGUUGGAAUCUUUGUGCACACAUCACCAGCAACAAGUUUUGGCUAUGUUGAAAUUUCUAGUCCAAGAGCAGAAUGCUACUUCUCUUUGCUGUUGUAAUGCGUCAUGUGCUGUGUCUUCAGACUCUCAAAAGCCCCUAUUUGGAGAUGAUAUACAUGGUCUAUUUUGUAGUUGUGAAUAUAGGCUGGCAGAAAGAGGGUGUUUACAAAAUGAAAGACAAAGUGCUGUUUUAAUGCCUCUGCCAGUCUGUAUUAAAGAAUUACUUUGUUUAUCUCGCCAUUCUGUAACGAUUGAACACAUUAAGACAGUAAUGAAUAGAGGAGUUGCAGACUGUUCUACUUCUCAUAGGUGCUGUUCUCAACUGUUACCAAACAUUGACCCCACAAAAUCACCCUUUCAUAGUCCGCUUUUGUCAAGGGAAGUAUGUGGUCUUUCAGUCAGUCUUAAUGAUGUUUGUAGAUCUCGCAGUCCCUCACCCCCACCAUUAUCACCUAUACAGACUGAAGGAUUUGAAAAAUUGAAAGACGUCAUCUCAGAGUUUUCAGCCUUAGAAAAUAACACAUUUGAAACAAAUACUAACCAGCCUCCAUCUCUAACACCAGCAGAAAUAAGCAACAACAGUGAUCAAGAAGGAAAAACAUAUAAAACUAAAAAAUCCAGUAACUCUGAUUCUUCAUUCUCAGAUGCCAGUAGUAAUUGCACCGCAAAUCAUGAAAAAGGUGAAACGACUGUGAUUUUUCAAGACUUAAUGGAUCGCAUUAAUGAAAAAUUAAAAUCAAUAGAAACCACAGAUAUGACAAACCUUGUAAAAUUAUCUAGCAAUGAUUAUAGUACAGCUAAUGAUUUUAAAUUGGGAGAUUUAAUAACAUCUCUCCUGCAUAAUGCGAAGCCCAGUGAUUAUAGUUUUAUGGAAUUACUAAAUCAACAUGAUAGGAAGAUAGAAAAUAAAAUUAUUCAGACAAGAUUUCAAAAGCGUCAGCAAACCUUAUUUGCACUGCACAACUCUCCUGACUCACCUAUGAUUAGAAGGCAGUCUUUACAGAUAAAAAGAGAACUAGCUAGUUUUGAUGAAAAUUUUGUAAGAAAAAAACAUUCUGAAAAAAAUUCAAGGAAAUUGAUGCACAAUGAUGCGGUAUUUUCAUCAGACAAAGAGGAAUUUCAUCAUUGCCAAGAACCUUUGCAGAAUUCUAAAAGCUUUCAAGAUAAAAAUUCAGAAAAAGCCCUUUCAUCGAACUAUGCAUUACAGUCAUUGCAGCUGCCACUGAAUAGUUUAGAAACUAACUUGGCUUUAAGUGAGUUUUCAGAAAACUUUAAAACAACUUCACCUGAGAAAAUGAACACAAAAGUACAAGAGAAAUGUACAGUUGGAAUAAAAAAUUUUAAAGGUAAUAACCCAAAAGAUGAGAAAAUUCAAGCCCCUUUGAGAAAUAAUGUUCCUGGACUUGUGAACAGAACUAAACGAAAUAUUGUACCUCCAGGAUGGUAUUCAAUAUAUGUGACAAAUAAUUGUGCUUUUAAAAAGUCACCAAAGGCAAAAAAAGUAUCUGUAUGUACACAAAAUAAAGAUGCAGUGAGAAGUGUUCAGAGUGAAAGCCCACAGAAUAUAGACCUAAAUAAAAUUGCAAUGAAUUCUAAUUUGCAAGUUGUGGUGGAGCGUUUGGAAGAUACAAUAAAUAAGACCAAAAUGUCUUGGAAUAAUCAGCCAGUACCAGAAGGCUAUAAAGUGUCCAAUAAAUUGGUAGAAAUUGAUGGUAAAGAUGAAAGGGCUGGGAGAAAUAUGAGUCUUACUUUAAGUAAAGUAAGUAAAGAACAAGGUUUAUCAAAAUCAGAGAGCAAAUCAAGCAAUAUUAGCAAAAGUCAUUCAGUGCCUAUUGUGGAUUCAGAUAACAAAAGGCUUGAUAAUUCAAAAACAUCAUCUAUUUUAGAGAGAGAGAGUUUGAUUGCCAGUGUUGAUAAUGUGCCAACAAAAUGUGAAGCUAUUGAAAGCUCUUUUUCUAACUAUUGUAGUCCUAUCAAGCUCAUGUUUUUAUCUGAGAUUAAAAGCGGUGACGGAGUCAAAUACACUUUAACUUCAAUUGGUACUUCCCAGUCAAAUGUUGAUCAUCCUUCUGAAAAAUGUGCAACCUAUCAUGUAAAUGGGAAAAAAAGAGAAACAAAUGGGGAUAUCCCAAAUGCUAACUCUGAAAAUUACAGUUCAAAUCAAGAUACCAGCACAUUUCAUAGAGAACUGAACAAAUUUACCUGUGCAAAAGAAACUAUGGACUCCUCCACAUUGCCUACAGAAGAUUUGAACAACAGUAAGCCACAAGCAUCUCUGGAAAACCCAAGCAGUGCUGUCGAUUCAUCUUUUAAAAGAAAACCAGGUAGACCUAAAAAGAUAGGCCCUCAAGUUGUGAAACAGAUUAAACGACCAAUUGGAAGACCACCAAAACCUAAGAUUGAGCAAGCGGACCUCACCAUUUGCCAAAAUGAAUCAUUUUGUUCUGGAAAGAAAAACCAAGACUCUCCCAUAACAGAAGCAAAAGAAGGCAUUUAUAAAAAAAGCAUUAUAGUGACUGUUAUUUAUGGAAGAUCAAGAAGAACUAAAAGGCAUGUAUCUGAAGGAAAUAUAAACAUUAGUAACAUUAUGUCAUUAAACAAUAUUGCUGAUUUUUCCACAGAAUACAACAGUCUCAGAAGCCUUAGAGAAUAUGAAAUUGACUCUGGUCAGAGAAUAAGUACUGAGUCUAGCUUGACCACUGAAAGAGAGAGCUUGAGGUCUAGCUUUGACUAUAUCAGACCUAUCAGGAAUAAGUCUGUGAUACUUCAGCCUUCCAAGAACAUUACUCAACCAAAUCACAAGCCUUUGGCAAUAAUUAGGAAGCCUGGUAGACCUGCCAAAGUGAAAAUAUCUGGCAUAUCUGUGACUAUUAAUAAAAUUUCUCCUCAGGAAAGAGAAGUAAGUAUCAGCAGUUGCUUACCUCCUUUAGAACAGGAAAAUAUGUUAGAAAAAACUCUCUACGAAGAAAAGUAUGAUCAACAAUGCAAUAAGAUGGACAAAACAAGGCACACUGAUGGUGAUACUUUAAAAAGUGAAUCAAAAAGUAUGAUUGCUACUAUACCUUUGAGACAUCCUACUAGGGACAAAAAGCGAUCUCUGCACUUACAUUCAUUAGCAUCUUCUAGUUCACUUAUUUAUAGAAAUUCUCUGCUUCAUAAAUCAUAUAAGCUGCAUUUGCGAAAAGGCAAAAGCCUAAAGAAAAAAUACAGACAGUCAAGAAUAAAAAUAGCUUCCAAAAAUACCCCAAGAGCUAGGCAUCCAAGAAAUGCAAAAAAGUGUUUGGAAGAUAACAAAUUAAUACCUAUUUCUGAAGUAUCAUUAGACCCUAUAAUAUCAUCAAACCCUUUGCUCAGGUGGUGGGCUACUUCUGCUUCAAAAGAUUCCUUAUUAGAGGAAUUAAACAAUAGAUUUGAACAAAUAACAAAUGCUUGGGUACAAGUGAGUGGAGAUGAAGUUGAAAAUUUUGAUCAUAAAAAAGAGUACAUUGAAAAUGAUAAUUUUAAAAUAGAAAAUCCUUUGGAAACUUGUGUUCUAGAACUUGAUGUUUCACCUGUAAAAAUGCUUUUUCAGAAAAAGUAUGAUUUGAAUGAGCUUUGUACCUGGUUUAUGCAAACAACAGAAACACAGUCUCUUUCACUAGUUAGGAAAGCAAAUGCUCGAAACCCUUUGGAAGUAAUAAAUACCAAGGGAAUAAAGUUAGGGGCCAAAUAUUGUGAUUUUAGUACCAGCCCCUUCAGAAAGCACUUUAAAAAAUUUGCACUCUCUUCUCCUUCAAAAUCAGCUGGGAAAUUGCAUGUACUGCAUAAAAUGGUUAGCUCUCCGCUCUUAAAUGUGAAAAGUAAUUUAACACUGGCUAGGUUGAAAAGGACUGAGUUUAAGAGGUUGCACCACGAAAGGUGGAGAAAAGAGGGAAAACUGCACAACCAUGGAACAACUGAUUUGGACUCCAAAAGGAGGAACUUAAGAUGUUUCUGCCAGAACCAAUUCUUAAGUAAAAAUAGGGUGGGCACAAAUGCUGACGUUCCACUCUAUGAAAAAGGCGAAGUAGGGAACUGUUGUAUUUUCCCACCUGAGAUCAAGGGUGACUUUUUCCAAGACACGGUGGUAAUGCCUGACUUCAAAACAUAUACUAGUGUAGAAAAUAAAUUUAAGUCUGAAGUGAAGGAGAAUGGAAUAAACUGCAGCCAAAAAGAUUUUGAAAAGGGACCAAAACUAGAAAACAUGUAUCCAAAUAAUUGGAGGUCAAAAACCUUAAAAGACUGUAGAAUAUUUUUGAGAAAGAUCAACUAUCUUGAACACAGAAAUACUUUUAAGCUAAAUACAAUCAUUUACUCUCCUGAAUCUGUUGACAGUGAAAGUAAUCUUCAUACACAUAUAGAAGGAUCAAAGCACUUUACUUUAAGAUCUCAUUCUGCUAGGCAGAGUUCUUUUAAAAAGCAAACUAAAGAAAUAGAAAGUGAUAAAGCAAAUAAUGCUUCAGCCAAUACAUUUGCUGAUCAACUUGGCAAUAAUAGGCUAAGCAAGUGUAUAAACUUUGACAAGAAUCCUUCUGAUAGUUCUGAAGUUCUUAGCAAAUUGAACAAAAGAAAAAGACCACCAUGGAAGACCACAGAAAUGUCAACAAAAAGACAUAAACGGCAGUCUUGCAACAAUGGACAAAUGGCAAACUAUUUUUCAAAAUCCCAACUAGGUAAGUUUUUCUCUAAUUAAUUUUAAAGUUUCAUUGUAGGUGCCUUGAGUAAAAAUGAGAUAGCAAGUAGAAAAGCAACAGCUGGUUCAGUUUUAAUUUAUUUCUGAAAUACUUGUACAACCUAAUUUCUUGGCACCUAGUAUGAAACUCAUGAAAGUAGGUGUUGCUAAAUGUACCAGUGCAUUUUCCCUUCCCCAUAAUGUGUCUAAAAUUUCAAACAUAUUAAAAACAUGUUCAGUAAAGACAUAGAAAGCUUUAAAAAUAUAUCAUUAAUAAGACAUUAUCUACUCUUACAUUAAAUAGAUCUAAUAUAAAAUCAAGACAAUUUGAUAAAUAUGACCAUGUAACUAAAAAGAUCCUAUAUUACAUGCUGAUAUAUAUUUAUUCUCUUGAUAAUUCACAACCCACGCUAUGCAGGAAAGAGUAAGUACUUUCUCACUGAUAAGGACAAUGACAUUACAAUUCUAGGGUAUCAGUCUCCCAUCCCCCAUCACGUUAUGCCGUUUGGUACUGUACUGCUUUGGAACCUACUUUAAAACCCUGCUUAUUUGAAAAGUGAUGUAAUGCUAUGUUUUUCCAAUAAAUCAGCAAACGAGUUUCUUUUCAUAUCUGACAUAAAAUGGGAAUUCCUUUCCAGAGCUUAGCAAGACAAAGUCUCAUAUACAUGUUGAAAUAAGUGCUAAGUUGAGAAUACAAGUAUGUAUGUGCUUUAUUCAAUUACAUUGAUGUGACUUUGGUGUGAAGACACUAUUACUGUUUGGAACCUACCACACCAACUCUGUGGUGCCAGGAUAGCCAUUUUCCAUUUCUGCUCCUUCGUACUUGCUAGACGGUACAGGACAUGUAGCAGCGCUGAAGGGCUCACUGAUCACUUCUCAUGCAUCAGAAACGUCAGGACACUUUACUGUAUGGCUGCAUUGUUAUAUUCUAAAUCUCUCGGGUGGUGUUUGGGGCUUCAGAAGUAUUAAUGGGUUCAUUUUUCUCACCUUUUUAA